AUGGCUUGCGAAGGGCCUUGGAGAUGCUUGGGGAAGCUGCAAAGAGCCAAUUUCUGGAGGUCUUGGCUGCGAACAUCCACAAGUUCGCCUUGCAGGAGCAGUAUUCCUUGUCACGGGUUUAUCCCGUCGAGAUUAGCUCCGAAUACAAGAACCUCCAGUCCUUCUUCGCGGAACCGGCUUUGGAGGGUUUUGCUUGCGCUUGAGGCUGAGCCUACAGCCCUCUCUGAGCUCCGCAGGAUUUUAGCGGCACUUCCUCAAAUGCCCGGUCCCAGUGCAGAGGAGUUCGUGGUGAAGCUGAAGGAUGAGCAGACCUCACAAGCCUUGAAGGCGGUGAAUACUCGAUCGCGGUCGUCCUUCUUUGGAGAAGUUCGACAAAACUUGUACAGGCUGUCGGAGGCCUCACAGAAGGAACUGGUGGAGUCCUUCACGGAGCUCAAGGCUGAGGUGGUGAAGCUGGUGGACUCCAUGACACAGGAGCCCGCGAAAUCUCAGUGGCUCCAGGGAGCUCGGUGGUCUUGUUGGAGUGGUUGGACUAGUUGGUUGAAGGAUUUGAUGAAUUCCAAGUGUACAGUGGUCGCUUGGAAGACCGCGGAGUAUGGCUUUGUGAAGCGUGAGGGACGUCAUAAUGAUGACAUCCAGCUACAUGUGGCCAAUGCAAAAGGCGAACGCUUCAAGAAGUAUGUUCGCCGUUACGGCUUGCAACCUGGAGUCAGGGUGAAAUUUGACGUGGACUUUGAGGAAAACCGGGGAAGACCUUUUGCAUCAAACUGGGAGAUGGUGGAUCCACCCCACUUAUCUGCGAGCCGUAGCCGCAGCGGAAGAUCUCGCAGCAGGUGCCACUCUCAUGGUCCGAAGGGCCUCGCGUGCCUCGCCCAGUGUGAAGCGCACUCGGGCCUCGCCCAGCGUGAAACGGCCUGGAAGAGCCGGGAGCGUGCAAAGUCGGCCAGUGGCAAGAAGAAGGGCACCAGUCGCAGCCGGGAUAAGAAAAGGAGCAGGGACCGUGAUCGCAGGAAGAGGAAGAGCAACUCGACGAAGCGCAGAUCGAGAAGUAGAGAGAAGAAUGACCGAAAGAAGAAAUCUCUCAGCAAGAGCCGCGACAGAGAGAAGCCGAAGCGAAGCAAUGCUUCGAAGUCGCGCAGCAAGAGCAAGUGUGAGGAGGAAAAGUCAAAGAAGGCUGUUUUGUCCGCAUCAUUUCAAGCCAACUUCAAGCAAAUUGGUGCUGGCGCAAAGCGCGCAAAGGAGGCUUUUCUGCUCCAGAUGGCCGUUUGCCUCAAGACAGUAGAGCGGCGGGACUGGCCUGGUCUCAGUGAGCUGUCUGGCAAAAUGCGCCGAUGCUUUUUCUAUGUGGAAGGCUAUGGGGAGUUGAUGGAGGAUUGGUUGCAAAGCAGAACAAAGCAGCUAAAUGAGGAGUUUUUGCAGCGAGGGACUGCUGUCUUGGGAUCCAACUUCUCUGAAGUACUCUCACGACUCCGUCAGAUCUUUCGGCCUGGUCGAUGGAUGUUCUUAUCCGACCCACGAGUGGAAGGUGAUUUGAUUGGCCUUUUGGAAGACUCCAUUCCUCGGCAUGUGCUCAGCAUUUCAUCCUUGACCAAAUUCCUGGAACUGGUUGGCUCCAGCGGCGGGGAGGACUUCCACAUCUACAAUGACAUCGUCCGACUGCCACCCCUCACGUCGCCGCCUUGCUUGGGGCCAAAGGACCUCACCGAAUCGACGCUGCUGGAGGUCUUGAAGCGCUUGCCGGGCUUCCCACCCUUGCUGCGCACCGAGGGUCGCUACCGCUUCGGCCGCGUGGAGGUGGUCUUUCAGCUGACUGGCACGGAUCUGGCGGCACAGGUACUCUCUGCACCACAGCCCGUGCCAGAGGUGCUCCGGGCACUGGACUUCUUCCUCCAGUUCGGUCCACAGGAAUUCCCCAACGCCGCCGCGGAAGCGGUGCAGGCUUCGGAUGCAGGACAUCUCUGUCCAACCACGCAGAUUCAAGAUCUCAAUGCGACUUCCUUGCCACUACCCACCCUACCCACGUUGCCACUUCCUAGCUCCACCUUUCCAACAGGGACACUGCCAAUGUCAACAUCGCCACUGACCGCAGUUCCACCACUUGGAUCAGUUCCACCACGCACAGUUCCACCUCUGGGGACGCCGCUCCAGGGUGCCGGAUUUCCUGCGCCAAUGCCGCCCAUGGCCCUGGGCAUGGGCACCAUGGGAGGUGUGGGCAUGGCGGUGGCGACACCGGCGCCGGUGUUCGGCCGGCCCAAGUUUGGCAUCGAUGAUGACGAGAUCUAG